AACCUUUCCAUCGACCUCACUCUCGCUUCUUUCUAGACGACGCUCAUGGCGAGCUUGCGCCCUCUCAAAAAGGCGUUGACCUUGCCGCCUACUGUCCGCACGCUUCCCUCAGGUGUGCCAUCGGCUUGCUACGUCAACUUUGCUGGUCGUGCUCUCCCCGACGAGCACGCACAUGGACACGGUGAAGGACCUGCUCCCCGUUCAGACGCACCGGCGCCUUGGGCAACCAAGUUCUCGAAAACGGCGUCUAGUCUUGUCACCAAGUCGUUUACUACGGUUGCACCGACCACCGGCCUGAACCAGCGAUUCGUACACUCUUCCUCUGCUCCAGUGGACGAUGCACCACAAGUCCCCGACUUCUCCCACUACCAAACAAACCCUCGAACAAACGCCGCCCUCUCAUACUUCAUGAUCGGCGGAAUGGGUCUCCUCUCUGCGUCCGUCGCCAAGUCCACCGUCACCGAAUUCCUCGGAACAAUGAGCGCUUCCGCAGACGUCCUCGCACUCGCCAAAGUAGAAGUCGAACUCGCCAGCAUCCCAGAGGGCAAGAACGUCAUCAUCAAGUGGCGCGGAAAGCCCGUCUUCAUUCGUCAUCGUACCCAAAGCGAGAUUGACGAAGCGCGUGCGGAGGAUUGGAAGAAGCUUCGUGACCCGCAGUCUGAUGAGGAUAGGGUGAAGAAGCCUGAGUGGCUUGUUAUGCUUGGUAUCUGCACGCACUUGGGUUGUGUACCUAUUGGCGAAUCCGGAGACUACGGAGGAUGGUUCUGCCCUUGUCACGGCUCUCACUACGAUAUCUCUGGUCGCGUUCGCAAAGGUCCUGCACCUCUCAAUCUUGAAGUCCCACAAUACGAAUUCAACGAACCAGAGGGCAAGCUCGUCGUCGGUUGAACUCUUCUAGACCAAUUAAAUUAGGGCAUCUGCGUCAUGUUAAUAAUGCACUAGAACUUGAAGCAGAAAUUUCUGUUGUUACCCAUGACUGAGUUGGUCCCUUGUGCAUUAAGUCGACCAUGUUCGCGGGAAUUCGAUAAUUAUCAGAUGAUUGAGGCACAAGUUGAGAUUAUUAUAAAACUUUGAAAGGAGGCAAUUCCC